AUGAAGCCCGUCGCUCUUUCUUUCCUAGGCGUCGCCAGCCUCACCAGCCUCGCCACAGCCCGCACCGACCUGGAAGGCUGCGUCUCCUCAAAAGUCAUCUUCGACCACUACUACGCCAGCUACAUCUGGUACGUCCCAGAGAACGGCGAAAUCUGCUCAAUCCUCGACUGUGGCGGCGGCCGUGCACCCCCAAGUACCACCCAACCGGGAUGUCCAGAAUACAGCGGAACCGAACCACUUACUUCCGACUACCUGGAGGGCUGGGGCCCCAAUGGCAAACAGGCUGCCUCUACAAGCACCGUGGCAUCGACUGCUUCGUCGACCGCUGAUACUGUGCUCGCUUCCGCCACGCCGACUUCCGACGCGUCGAUGGUGUCGGACUCGUCUUCCGCGUCUUCUUCAUCCCCAUCUGGCACGCAGCCUGCUGAUAGCAUGAUCACGGAGGGCCCCUCCGGGAUUUCUACGGUCGCUUCGUCUACCUCGGUCACUGGUAGCGAUGUUUCUACUUCUGCUGCGGCGAGCAGCUCGUCCGCUCCUAAUGCUGCCACUACCCCCGUCUCCAAUGUCGGUGGUCUCGUGGCCGCGAUGGCUGCUGUGGUCGGGGCUAUGGUGCUGUAA